GUUUAUCUUUAAUUUGUUGCUAGCAUUGACUACCGCACUGGAACAGAGUUCAUUAUGACUGCCCCCAUGAGACACAAUUGUUAUGAAGUUAAUUCUCGUGAAUGACGACUGACGAUACUACACCGAAAACAAUGGCAUGGGACAGGCCAUUUUUGACAUUAUAAAACUAGUAGUCGGAUCUUCUUUCAUCGUCCCUGAAUGGAUACCCAGUUCGCGCUCAUCAAACUCCAAAAAGUAAGCUGUACUGUUGCCGCGAGUUGUCUUUGACAGUAACCACGGAGUUGGAGAACGCUACGAUAGCAACAGCUUGUAAUGUUAGUAUCGCUGGUUUUGUUAUGUGUCAUCGGAACAGUGGGAGGCAACAUCCUGUCAAGUUAGAAAAGUCUGUCUUGAUUUGUUUGUUCUCGUCAAAUGCUGUGAAAUUGUUUGACUUACUCAUUAUGUGUCAUUCCUAAACUCAAGUAGGUUUCUUCUAAUCUAACAAAAUGCACAGACGCAGGACGAGAAACAACUUCACUUACGUUAGUUCGUGCGUGAAGUACAUGAUAUUCUUACUGAAUUUCGUUUUUUGGCUUUUUGGAGGUCUUUUGAUUGGAGUUGGUCUGUACGCCUUUGUUGAUAAAUGGCAAGCAACAGGUCUUAUUAAAGUUGAAACAAUAUACGAUGUUGUUUUAAAUAUAUCUCUUGUUAUGGUCAUCGCUGGCGGAGUCAUUUUCAUAGUGAGCUUUGCUGGGUGUGUUGGAGCUCUACGGGAGAAUACUUGCCUUUUAAAAUUCUACUCCCUGUGUCUACUCGUCUUUUUCCUUCUAGAAAUGGCGAUUGCUAUCAUGGGUUUUGUAUUCCCUCACACCAUGCAGUCUGUUUUGGAAGAAUCUUUUACAGAUAAAAUAAUUCACACCUACAGGGAGGAUGCAGAUCUACAGAAUUUAAUUGACUUUGCACAACAGGAGUUUAAAUGUUGUGGUCUCAGCUCAGAAGGCUACAUGGAUUGGUCAAAAAAUGAAUAUUUUAACUGUUCCUCACCCAGUGUUGAACGCUGUGGUGUGCCAUUCUCCUGCUGCAUGAAUGCUACAGAUAUCAGUAGUGGGCUUAUUAACAUAAUGUGUGGCUAUGGCGUCCAAGAGCUCUCGGUUGCAGAAGCUAGUAAGAAAGUGUGGACAAGUGGCUGCAUAGAAAUUGUGCGUUCCUGGGCAGAAAGAAAUUUAUACACCAUCGCAGGCAUUGCCUUGGGCAUAGCUUUAUCCCAGCUGUUUGUUAUAUACCUGGCAAAAACAUUGGAAGGACAGAUAGAAAUGCAGAAAUCUCAGUGGAAUACAUGAAAUAUUGCCUACCGCCUCGGAUGAAAUAUUCGGUAGGUAUAUCUCUGUUAUAAAAAACCAAAAAUCUAUUUACAAGGACCAUUUAUGCCGGCCAUAAAACUUUGCCUGUGUAACUGUGUGGACAAUACUGGAAGAAGUUAAUUACCAUAGCGUAUGCUGUGUGCUUCUUCUGAAAAGUGAAAAAUAAUAGUAAGCUUGUAAAUAUGAUGAUCUGUUUUGUGUAUAGACUAAACUGUUUCAAGCUUGUAAAAUUUCAAGUAUUAUGUUUGCAUUGAAAAGCAUUGUAUUAUUAAUAAGCACAUAAACCGAUUGAAGAAUCCUUGUUAACAAAGUUUGAAACAGUGACUUGACUGAAUCCAGUCUAGCAAAACUUGAGAUUUGCAUGACUAAGAUUAGUUGUUUACAAGAUAGUGCACACAAAGAAAGGAAAGAAGAAUGAAACGAGAGGAUCACAAGAAAUUUCCAAUAUUGAAUUUUUUUAAGAGAAAGGGUGUGUGUUUGCUUGUGUUUAUGGGACGGAAAGGAAAACUAAGUCUUAUUAUUUUACUACUAGAAAUGCACAGAAGAUAAAACGUCCUUGUGAUUGACCCAUAGGGGAAAAGUAUGAAAUGGUGGAACUUCUUUAUCUCCUAUAGCAAGACAUACUGCCCUGUUAAACUCAAAAGUUAACUACAGAAUGUGCCUCUAACCCAGAUUCUUUAGUGUUUCAGAAAUAGCCACCUAAUGUUUCUGACAGCUGGAUGAUUAUUCAAUAUUUUGUUGAGACUCAGACAGUUUGUCUUAUUGACGGAACAUUUUUUUUUAAACUCUGUCUAUACCAUUUUGUUGAAUGGCUUCACAAAUGUAAGAACUUCAGUAUACCAUGAAAUGUAUUAUAUUUGCACAUUUUGUAUGUCAAGAAACUAUCAGUCUUCCUGAAAAAUGUUGUAUCCUUGCAAAUGGAAGAUGAAGAUAGUCAGUAUGAAAGUGAGGAAGUCAGUUUAAAUUGUGUGAUUUUGAAAUUUUUUGCUUUAAGUGGCAGUUGUUUAGAAUCUCAGUACAUUUUACUUGUUUUAUUCAUGUCUGAAGAAAGAAUCUGUAUCCUGAUAAUGUUGAAGUUGCUGAUUGUGAAGAACUGUUUUCGAGAACUAUGCUCUUAAACAGUUACAUAGGUUUUAGGCACUGACUUUAAGAAUCAUGUUCUGUAGAAUCUCAACUAUGUUGCAAUUAAUUUUUAAAAUUAAAUAGAUCUAUUUUUGAAAACUUGUAACUGCUGUGGAUAAAAUUUCAUGUGUUUUGAAGCAUUUCAGUAUGUUUUUGCUUUACUACAUAUAAAAGAAUACAAAAAUUAAAAAUACAAACUCUGUGAUCUGCAGCCACUUUUUGUAAUAUAUUUUUAAACUUUUAUCCAAAUCAUUCCUAUUCAUUGAAUAUUAUGGAGUGUCAGUUAUUGCAAGUCUUGCAUUUUCUGUUGGAGACUUCAAUUUAAAUUACUAUUAAAAUUGUUUGUUUUGAUAAGAACAACCAGCUUUACUAAAGGGUUAUAUUGUUUUCCUAUUGCUGUUUAAUUGUGGUAAUGUACAAAUAUUGCUUGACUUAUUCUCAUAAUAGAUGACUUUCCCCCCUCAGUAGUUCAUUUCAAAAGUUGUCUGGCUGAAUGACUCACUUUAAGUAUCAGCAUUCUCAUCAAAAACCCUCAAAAAUUUAAUGUUAGUUUCACAUAAAUUAGAAAAAAGUGAUAGUUCCUUAAGUCCCACACUGCAGAAAUAUUAAUAACAGUACAGUAUUACACUAAAUGAAGUAUCUACUUGUACUUUCUCUUUGUCUGAAAGUGAAUAUCUUCUCCCUACCUGUCUUUCUCUGGUUUCUACUGUGAAUUAUUUCAAAUUUUUUUUUUACAUUGAAAUAUUGUCUUUUUUUGUUCUUCAUUAUAGGUUACCAUGUCAUCAAUAAAACAUUAAUUUCUUAAUUGGAAUAUCGUCAAAUAGUUUACUGCUGUGAAAUGUGUAAUACUUUGCCAUUCUGAUAAAGGCAUGUGCAUUUUCAAGUUGUCAAGGAACCAGCAAUCUGGCUGGAGGCUUUUCACUGCAAAUUUUCAAAAUUUUUUAAGAUCCUUGGGAAAUCAUUGACUGUUGGCUUGUUACUAUAAAAAUGAUACAUAUUACGUGGUAAAAGCAUUUGAAGUCAAAAUUAACUUUCCCCUUUAAAUGUUGUCAUUUUUGUACAUUACUGCAACAAUAUGUGUUCGUAAAUAAAUUCUGAUUAAUUUACAGAAUAUUUUACUAGUUUCACUCUUAACAUUCCAGUAGAUAGCUUCAAGUCUCAAAAGUAUUAAAACUUUCACUGUUGAGUUUGAAAACAGUCUGCUACAAAAAGUGCACAAAUUCAAACAUCACUAAGCAGUUAUAGUAAUUUCUGCACUACUCCAACUGUAGUAUUAGUCUUCAAACAACAUUUCAACUAACAGCUGUUAGGGUAAUAAUCCCUCAUGUGUCGAUCUUAUGUUUCACCGCUUGUUUCCAUAACUAACAGAUUUAAGUUUCUGAACACUUCAAAUUGAUCUUUUUUCUGUAUUAUCUGAAACACAUUUUUAAGGGUCCAUAUUAUCUGAAACACAUAGGGUGAUUUCUCUCUUGCAGUUCAUUCUGGCUAUGUCUCAGCUCAAUGUUGCAAUAGAGACGAUUCACCCGAUAUAUUUCCCUCCCUCCCACCCCCUCUCCCCUCUCACCUCCCGCAUCAGAAUUAUAAGAAAAAUAAGGGGUCUGAAAAUGGAGGAGGAAACAAACUUAGACUUUUUGGAAGCAGAUUUAUUUUUAACGAGAUGCUUUAAAGACAAACAGCAAUUACAGAGGAGUAGUGGUAAUUUUAGGACAGUCAUGUACAAAAUAUAAUGAAUUAGGUACUAAAUAUAUUGUAAAUUUCUCCCCUUUUUCGGGUAAAGAAUUUUGUUCACUUUGAUCCCUUUAAAAAAAAAAAAAAACAACUUUCAUUUGACAGCUCCUUGUUUGUGAAUAAGAUAGAUUGCUAUUCACCAUAUAGAGGUGGUGUUGAGUCACAGAGAGGCACAAUAAAGAUUGCUACAAAAGUGAGUGUUUGCCCAAAAGUGCUUUGUCUAACAUAGAAAACGCAUACACAUCCACACACACAUGACCACUGUCUCUGGACAUCAGGUCUGACCUUGAUGGCUAGAGACAGUGGUAUAUAUAUAUGUGUGUGUGUGUGUGUGUGUGUGUGUGUGUGUGUGUGUGUGUGUGUGUGUGUCUUCAAAGUAGAAGUAAGCCUUUUGGCCAGAAGCUCACUUUUAACUUUUAUAUAAGUCUUUCUGUUGUGUCUGUCUAUGACUCAAGAUAUCUUCUGUAUGGUGAGUAGCAGUCUGCCCUUUUCAUAAUAUUGUAUUUUUUACAUUGUUGAACUCCUUAUUUGUGGAACAUUUGAUACUGUAAUUGUUGUUAGCAGUUCUCUUACUAAAGUUUCACUCUAUUUCUGUUGGGGUGUUUGCUCAUGCUUGAAAUUGGUCAGCAUUCUGUAGGACUGUUCUGCAUUUAUGAAAUCUGAUCAUUCAGAAUCACACUGACUGCUUUGUAACUUUGUACAAUUACCUACUUAGAGACAUUAUUAUAUGUAAGAUGUCUUUGCCCACCAAUGAAGAGUGCAAUAUAUCUUCCUUCUGGUCUUCUCCAAAUCAAUUUUUAUUUUGAUGCUUUGCUAUAUUUUGUGAUUUAAAAUAAAUUUCCCUUCAAGUUACUUGGUCUAUGAACCAUCUAGUGCUUGCAGGAGAUGAGAAGACUGGUGGUUGGAGUCAAAAGCAGCUCUGAUAUUUUGUUAUUUGUGUUUGUGUGUGUGUGUGUGUGUGUGUGUGUGUGUGUGUGUGUGUGUGUGUGUGUGUGUGUUUGUUUGUUUGUUUGUUUCACAUUAACACUGAGGCAGUUUGAAACGGCAGUACUUUGUGAAGCUCCAAUGAGAUUUGCUCCAUUGAGAGAAGUGCCGCACAUCUACUGCCAUGGAACUGAAGUGCUUGGUUCAACCCUGCCUGAACAUAAGUUUCUGUUUCCACUUCCGACAUACACCACUCUAAAUAAGGCAGUUGGACACACCCAACACUAGUCUUUCCCACACUUGAGGUUCCUAACACACAACUUGAGCACUAAGUUGACAUCAUGAGGUCGAAUUCUUAAACUUAGUUUUCCAUGGAGAGUUCAAAAUACAUACAAUUUGCCUCUUACUGCUGUAUUCUAAUUUCACAAUGAUGCAGUUGCAAUAUAUACAGAUUUCUAAAUUAAAUUAGAAUGUUUAUUGCUAACUACUGUGAACAUUCCCAAAACAUUCUCAUAUUUGACUUGUAGAAAAUAACACUGGUUCAGCCCAAACUUGGUUGUUCCCAAGUUCUAAUUUUUCACAUACUGAGUAUCAUAUUUGUUAGUACUUACAAAGUGAUGAUUAUGAGCUCAAUAAAUAAUUUUAUUUUUAUUUAUAGUUGUAGUAAAAACUUUUUGCAAGUUUUGUAGAUGUGAUAACACUCAUCUCUUGAUGAUAUUUUAUAAAAAUAUACAAGUACAGUGCAACAGGAUACUGAUAAGCACAAACAAUAUCUGUUGAAAUAUUCUUGGCUCUGUAAAGCCCUUGGCAUUUUUGUUGUAAAUUAACAUUCCUUAUUAGUUGGUACUAUUACAAGUAGCUUUGUGCCAAAUUUUAUGCAUCAAAUAUUUGUAAGAAUAAUCAUUUUUGGUACAAUAAAGGAACUUUUGAAAA